UAUUGAAUUUUUACAGAAAUUGCUACCAUGAAUCUUAAUUUAGGUUUAUGAAAUUUAGAAAUCACAAGAUUAUCCCCCACAUUCAGGUACUGAUAAAUCUGAAGAGUGGUAUAACUGGUCGAUCCUUGCGAAGUUUCAAUGACUAUGGUGGUUGGCAACAUCGAAAUCAUGAGAGAUCCGGGUUUGCUUGACUUCACCACUAUUCUCAUUCCUUGUAAGCACCCGAGACUUACAAUACUCGUAAUGAUUAUUUUGGUAUUCGAACUGAUAACAAAUUUUCUCAAUUUGACCGAUAGAGACCUUAACAACACUUGGCUGGGGAGCAUGGCGAUCAUAGUACCUUUUCACGAAAUGAUCUCUGAAUUCACGCCAAGUUCUAGUAUUCUCUCGAAAGAGUUCUCUUCUAUUUCUUCUCAUGCCGGCGCUUGGCGCUCCGUCAUUGUCAAAUGAAGUAAACCAUAAACACUAUAUUCACACAAAUGGAGGAAUAACAAUGAAAGGAAUAAAGUCUUUGACUGCCAAUUCUCGUUUUAUGCCAAUUUCUUGGC